AAAAAAACUCUCAUGGUUCAAACCCACAAUAUAAAAGCCAGUCAGACUAAGAAUACCCACAAACCACAAGUGGUCCAACAGUGAGGGACGCUAACACAAGGAGGCUGAACAGAAAGGAAAGCAAGGCAGUCGCUUUUGAGCCCCGUACUGUGAGCGGAUAUUGAUCUUCUCCACUGAAACUUCCAGCCACUAAUGAGCGUGACCAACUCUUCUGCUUAUCGAUCGGAGCGCAGUUUCCACCAGACGUCCUCCUCUUCCUCCUCUUCUUCUUCCUCCUCCUCCUCAUCCAACCCCUACAUGGAGAAGAGCCGGGGACUCUUCGCUGAGGACUUUGGGUCUUUCAUGUGCCCAAAUGAUGCUUUGGGAUUUCCAAGUCGGACUGGCACACCUGGCAACAUCAAAACGCUGGGUGACACCUACCAGUUCACAGUAGAUGUUUGUGACUUCUCUCCAGAGGAUGUCAUUGUGACCACCUCUAACAACCAGAUUGAAGUUCGUGCAGAAAAGCUUGCUACAGAUGGCACAGUGAUGAACACCUUCACCCAUAAAUGCCAGCUACCAGAAGACGUGGACCCCACCUCUGUAACGUCCUCUCUGGGGGCUGACGGGACACUCACCAUCAAAGCGCGAAGACAUCCAGCUAAACUUGAACAUGCACAAACCUUCCGCACUGAAAUUAAAAUCUAGCCCUCCUUCUUUAUAUCUUUCAGCUUAGCGUUGUUCUUGUGAUCUUGAAUCUUAUCAUUGUUGGAAUGCUUUACACUCUUAAAAAUAAAGGCUAAGUGGUUCUUGGCUUAGACAUACAGUUCUAGGGAAAAAAAAAGUUCUGAUAUAGAACAGGGCUGUUCAACGUGAGGCCUGUGGGCCACAUUUGGCAUGUAAAGAUGUUUGAUUUGGCCUGCCAGAAGGUCACCCUGACUCCCUGACCCCCUCACCUUUUUAUUUUAAGCUGCACUCUGUACAAUGUUUUCAUUAAAAUGAAAAAAACUAGCACUACAAAGUUAGGAAUAUAAAAACAUGCUAAAAUAUGAUGUCAGUGCGCUGCUGCUAGUCACCACAUAAAGCCUGAAAUAAUAAUUUCGAAGUCAGAGGCGUUUGCGGGAGUUUUUUGGACCACAUCAAAUGUUUUUACGUAUUAAUGUCACACACAGGCUCAAAAAGAAUGUUAAAGUUUCAAAUGCAAACAUUACACUGAUGAAGAUCCGCACAAUCGAUAAUUCGCUUACAUCCUUCAUUCACCAAGUUUUGCCCGAGUUCUCUUUCAGUUUUCUUUUAUUGCACUCAUAAUCGUCAGAUUCAUCCACACGAGGAAGGAGUCCGAUGCACAAUGUUGCAAAAUGUUCUUCCGCAUGUAAUGUGCAAUUCCACAUUUCCACCAGAGAGGUCUUCAAAUCCCCAAAACCUACAUAUUUUAGCCUAUUUUUUUUCCAAAUACUUUUAUAACAUGCAGUUACUACCAGGUUUAUUUAGAGUGUUAAAACAGGCAAAACACCAAACACAUAAAAUAAAAUUUAAAAAAUCUAUAUCUGUUGUAAAUCUUCUUAAUACCACAGUUGUCACUAAUUGCAUUUCAGAUGUAACAUCACACACAUAGCUACCAGUUAUGGGUUAAUGACAGAAAUAGACAAUGAUCAUAGCAAGCAUUGGCACAUGGGCAAGAGGCAAUUAAGAAGGGAACACUGAAAUAAUUUAUUUUCAGGGAAUUUAAAGACAAUACAUUGUGCUUCAUAUGUAAGGGAACAUACAUAUUUAAAUUUAUUUAUGCAUUAUUUUAAAAAAUACACUUGUCCACAUUUUCCACAUACACUGAUGAUGUGUAUAAGGCUAUGUGUAUAAUUAGCCAUCAGCCCAGCACUAACAUUACACCUUGGCCCCGGUAAACAGGUUUGGGCACUGCUGGUAUAGAACCAUUACAUUCUGUGACAUGUCUUUUAAACUUCAUAAUGGUUCUCCAGACCGAAACGUCUCAUUCACAACAAUGUUUCUUCAAAGAAUCACCCACUGAGAGGUUCCCUAUGGAAUCAAAAGUGGUUCUUCAAAAUCAACCUUUGUUUUUAAGAGUGUGCUCUCUCCAUCAUUCAUUUUUUCAUUUCACACUAAUAUUUCAAAUCCAGUGUUAACCAAAUUGCAACCAUAAAGCUAGAAAUACAUUAACACAUAAAUUUUUGAAAUAAAAUUAGCUGAUUGUUGAAAUGAUACAAACAUUUACCCACACCAAUAAGAACAUUUCUGACAACAAUGUCAAAUGCAUCGAUUACAUAUCAGAUUUUCUAGGAUGUAAUUGUAAAGACUACACAAGGCUGUGUGUGAAUAAAUGUAUAUAUAAGCUGUUGUGUUGUGCUGCAGUUAUCCUACAUGAACGCACUGCUGUUUUGUGUUUUGAAUAAAUGGAGUCACCAUG